AUGAAGGCUGUUGUUAGUACCAAGCCCUGGAUGUCUCGCAGAUCCGGGCCAGGGAACAUCAGGAACCUGGUUCAAGACGCCCAACCAAUUCAAUUAGAGGAGCUAGGCCGAUAUGAUCUUGGAGCUGUUGUCCAAGAUGUCCAGGAGAGAACGGAAUAUCGACCCCGUAUUAUUUCAAGAUUCGAAGAAGUUUUCGACGGUCAGGUCUCCCAACUGGCAUUGGCUUCGGGAAAUGCAUCAAGUGCCGCUGAAAUAUUGCGAGAAUCCGUCGAAAAGCUCCUUAAAAAAUCAAGAUCGGAUUUGGUAGACGUUGGCAAGCAAUUCGGAAUCGUCAAGUCUGAAAAUUAUUGCGCAGGUUGGGAGGAGCUAGAUGUCGAAAAGGGAUGCGGGGACAUUGUUCGCGAAGUGGAACUUCUUCGGGACGAUCUUCGUCAGCUACAGAGAAGCUGCCUCAAUAUAGAGAUCGGGAGAGGGUCUUCUCUGCUUCUUGAAAUUCAGAAAGAGAUAAACCACUAUGACGAAAAGCUGACCACUGUCGACCUCUUCCUUGACGUCGUAUCGGCAAAUCGCACUUGGACUAUCUCCGAAUGCACCUGGCAGGGAAUCGCUUUUUUAUUCAAGAAGAUCUCAGGAAACUGUUCCGAGGCCAUCCUUAAUCCAGAGGAUAACCUGAUUGAAACUCAGAUAGAUCAAACUUCGAGGCAUCCGCUUGAGUUCCUCAAAAUAUCUGAAAGGAAGGUCACAGCACAGAAGGAGCGAAUCCAGCUUCUUUGGAACAUCCUGAGAUGGACUCAGGAUAAAAUUGAAGAAGAGAACCGACUGGAUAUUUUUGAGACAGCGCUAAAGCUAGAUCUUAUGAAAGUCGACGAGCAUUGUUCUCAGUUGAAAAAGGCCCUCGCGAUCCUAGCCAUUUUUGAGAAUAUCAAUCUUCUCUUGAAGACGUUCUCGGACAAAAUCGAUAGUGUCCAAACCAAAGCCGCAACCGUUAAAUUGGAGCAGAUGGAAGAACGAGAGAAUGGUCUCAAACAUCCACAAGCACAUGCUGCUGCACAGGCGGCUCAACAGGUGGUUGCCGAAAUUUUACGGCCACAGGACCCAAACAAGGACUGGUUUGGAAUUCUCAACCCCAAAUGGACGGGUCGUCAACUUCCAGAAUAUUUUUGGGACGCAGUAGAAAAGCAGUUCCUGGAACCUCGUGCAAUCGAUGUGUACUUGGACAUGAAUGUACAAAUACAAGCUGGGUAUUUUUAA